AGGGGGGCGCUCGAGCCACGUCGGUGAAACAAAUCAACGCUUGGAGGCAGAUUACAAAGAGGGUCCCUGCUGCUCGCCCAGGAGCAGGAGAUCCAGGGCGAUGUCGACACCAGAUCCCCCCAUGGGAGGCACCCCACGCCCAGGUCCUUCCCCUGGUCCGGGUCCCUCCCCUGGGGCUAUGCUGGGCCCCAGCCCCGGGCCUUCCCCCGGUUCCUCUCACAGUAUGAUGGGCCCCAGCCCUGGUCCUCCCUCCUCUGGACACUCUCAGCCAGGGCCCUCUGGAUAUGGCCAGGACAACCUGCAUCCUCUGCACAAACCAAUGGAGGGCAUACAUGAGAAGAGCAUGAGCGAGGAGAGCCGCUUUAGUCAGAUGAAAGGACUGUCUAUGAGACAGGGCGGGCACAGUGGUAUGGGCCCCCCACCCAGUCCUCUGGACCAACACUCACAAGGCUACCACUCUCCAUUAGGUGGCUCUGACCACUCCAGCCCUGUCCCUUCAAAUGGCCCUCCCUCUGGUCCUCUUAUGCCAUCAUCUGCUUCUUCCUCCUCCUCUGGUGGCCCCGGCUCUGCCUCUACACCUUUAGAUGGCUCCAGUGGGGAUCAACAUACACUGGGUCCUAAUAACCGUCCUGGUCCUCCAGGUAGCUCCGGCCCAGGCCCCAGCCCUGGACCCAGUCUUGGAUCCAAUGUCCCCAGCCUUGGAUCUGGCCUUGAAUCUGGUGGCCCUACUGGCCCUGGAGGUCCCGGCGGCCCUGGUGGCCCAACUCCCUUCAACCAGAACCAACUCCACCAACUCAGAGCCCAGAUCAUGGCUUAUAAGAUGCUGGCUCGGGGGCAACCCCUGCCAGACCACCUCCAGAUGGCCGUCCAAGGAAAGAGGCCAAUGCCUGGGAUGCAGCAGCCGCAGCCCAUGCCCAGUCUGGCUCCUGGUGCUGGAGGUGGGCCAGGAGGUGGACCGGCAGGACCAGGGCCUGGGCCAAUGGGCUCAGGCUACACCCGAGCUCACGGUAUUAUGGGUCCCAACAUGCCCCCACCAGGUCCAUCAGGGACACCAGCUGGGAUGCAGGGACAGAACCCAAACGGACCACCCAAGUCCUGGCCUGAAGGUCCCAUGGUGAACGCAGCAGCCCCCUCAAACGCACCCCAGAAGUUGAUCCCUCCUCAGCCCACUGGCCGGCCCUCUCCUGCUCCACCUUCAGUUCCCCCUGCCGCCUCCCCGGUAAUGCCUCCGCAGACGCAGUCCCCUGGCCAGCCAGCGCAGCCUACUCCCAUGAUGCCUUACCACGCCAAGCAGAACCGCAUUACCCCCAUUCAGAAACCUUGCGGCCUCGACCCAGUGGAGAUACUGCAGGAGAGGGAGUACAGGUUACAGGCUCGUAUCACUCAUCGUAUUGCUGAACUGGAGAACCUGCCAGGUUCUCUUGCUGGUGAUUUACGUACCAAAGCUACUAUUGAGCUCAAAGCCCUCCGACUGCUUAACUUCCAGAGACAGCUGCGUCAAGAGGUGGUGGUGUGUAUGCGUCGUGACACAGCUCUAGAGACCGCCCUUGAUGCUAAGGCCUACAAGCGUAGCAAGCGUCAGUCUCUGCGAGAGGCCCGCAUCACAGAGAAACUGGAGAAACAGCAGAAGAUUGAGCAAGAGCGCAAACGCAGGCAGAAACAUCAGGAGUACCUCAACAGCAUCCUCCAGCACGCCAAAGACUUCAAAGAGUACCACCGUUCAAUUACAGGCAAAAUUCAGAAACUGACCAAAGCUGUGGCCACCUACCAUGCCAACACUGAACGAGAGCAGAAGAAGGAGAAUGAGCGCAUUGAGAAAGAGAGGAUGAGGAGGCUUAUGGCGGAGGAUGAGGAGGGUUACCGUAAACUGAUUGACCAGAAGAAGGACAAGCGCCUGGCCUACCUGCUGCAGCAAACUGAUGAGUAUGUCGCCAACCUCACUGAGCUGGUCAGAGCUCACAAGGCUGCGCAGGCCCUCAAAGAAAAGAAGAAGAAGAAAAAGAAGAAGAAGAAGUUGGAGAAUGCUGAGGGUCAGACUCCUGCCAUGGGCCCUGACGGAGAGCCUCUGGAUGAGACGAGUCAGAUGAGUGACCUGCCCGUGAAGGUCAUCCAUGUGGACAGUGGAAACAUCCUGACAGGGGUGGAUGCUCCUAAAGCUGGACAGCUGGAGACCUGGCUGGAGAUGAACCCUGGUUAUGAGGUGGCUCCCCGCUCGGACAGUGAAGACAGCGAGGAGGAGGAAGAGGAGGAGGAGGAAGAGGAGGAGCCACAGCCUUCAGCAGCUCCGGUGGAGGAGAAGAAGAAGAUUACAGACCCCGACAGUGAAGAUGUGUCUGAGGUGGAUGUCCGACACAUCAUCGAAAAUGCUAAGCAGGAUGUGGACGACGAGUAUAGCGGCGCAGCGUUCGCUCGAGGGCUCCAGUCUUAUUACUCAGUGGCUCACGCUGUCACAGAGAAGGUGGAGAAACAGUCUACUCUGUUAAUAAAUGGACAACUCAAACAGUAUCAGAUUAAAGGUCUGGAGUGGCUUGUUUCCCUCUACAACAACAACUUGAACGGGAUCCUGGCGGACGAGAUGGGUCUGGGAAAAACCAUCCAGACCAUCGCCCUCAUCACGUACCUCAUGGAGCACAAACGUCUCAAUGGACCCUACCUCAUCAUUGUACCCCUCUCAACUCUGUCUAACUGGGUGUAUGAGUUUGACAAAUGGGCACCGACAGUCGUCAAAGUGUCCUACAAGGGGUCUCCUGCUGCCAGAAGAGCCUUUGUUCCCCAACUGCGUAGUGGAAAAUUCAACGUUUUACUCACCACCUACGAGUACAUCAUCAAGGAUAAACAAGUUCUGGCUAAGAUUCGUUGGAAGUACAUGAUCGUUGAUGAGGGCCACCGUAUGAAGAACCAUCACUGUAAACUGACCCAGGUCCUGAACACCCACUACCUUGCUCCACGGCGAGUCCUCCUGACAGGGACACCGCUGCAGAACAAACUGCCUGAGCUCUGGGCGCUGCUCAACUUCCUCCUGCCUACCAUCUUCAAGAGCUGCAGCACCUUCGAACAGUGGUUCAACGCUCCUUUCGCCAUGACUGGAGAGAAGGUGGACCUCAACGAAGAGGAGACCAUCUUGAUCAUCCGUCGUCUCCACAAAGUUCUCCGCCCCUUCCUGCUACGGAGAUUAAAGAAGGAAGUGGAGGCUCAGCUUCCAGAGAAGGUGGAAUAUGUGAUCAAGUGUGACAUGUCGUCUCUUCAGAGGGUGCUGUACAGACACAUGCAGGCUAAGGGGGUUCUUCUGACUGAUGGAUCUGAGAAAGACAAGAAGGGUAAAGGAGGCACAAAGACGCUGAUGAACACCAUCAUGCAGCUGAGGAAGAUCUGUAACCACCCUUACAUGUUCCAGCAGAUAGAGGAAUCCUUCUCUGAACAUUUAGGAUUCUCUGGCGGGAUAGUCCAGGGACCUGACCUAUAUCGAGCUUCAGGAAAGUUUGAGGUGUUGGAUCGUAUCCUGCCCAAACUGAGAGCUACAAACCACAAAGUGCUGCUCUUCUGUCAGAUGACCUCACUUAUGACCAUCAUGGAGGACUACUUUGCCUACCGCAACUUCAAGUAUCUUCGUCUGGAUGGCACCACAAAGGCUGAGGACAGAGGAAUGUUACUAAAGACGUUCAAUGAUCCAGAGUCAGAGUAUUUUAUCUUCCUCCUGAGCACAAGAGCUGGAGGCCUCGGCCUCAACCUGCAGUCUGCUGACACCGUGGUCAUCUUUGACUCUGACUGGAACCCGCAUCAGGACCUGCAGGCUCAGGACAGAGCCCACCGUAUUGGUCAACAGAAUGAGGUGCGCGUGCUGCGCCUCUGCACUGUCAACAGUGUAGAGGAGAAAAUCCUGGCCGCUGCCAAGUACAAAUUGAACGUGGAUCAAAAGGUCAUCCAGGCUGGCAUGUUCGAUCAGAAGUCUUCCAGCCAUGAGCGCAGGGCUUUCCUGCAGGCAAUUCUGGAGCACGAGGAGCAAGACGAGGAGGAGGAUGAGGUUCCUGAUGAUGAGACGGUCAACCAGAUGAUCGCCAGGAGUGAGGAGGAGUUCGACCAGUUCAUGCGCAUGGACCUGGACCGGCGGCGGGAGGAGGCACGUAACCCGCGUCGAAAACCUCGUCUGAUGGAGGAGGACGAGCUGCCCACUUGGAUCAUGAAGGACGACGCUGAGGUCGAGCGGCUGACCUGCGAGGAGGAGGAGGAGAAAAUGUUCGGACGAGGUUCUCGGCAACGAAAGGAAGUGGACUACAGUGACUCACUGACCGAGAAGCAGUGGCUCAAGGCGAUAGAAGAGGGCACAUUGGAGGAGAUGGAAGAAGAGGUACGUCACAAGAAGACGACCCGCAAGAGGAAGAGGGACCGCGACCUGGAUCUCCCAGGUCCCUCCUCUUCCUCAGGUGGACGAGGACGAGGGGACAAAGACGACGAUGGGAAGAGGCAAAGGAAGAGGGGACGACCACCUGCUGAGAAACUCUCCCCAAAUCCUCCUGCCCUCACAAAGAAGAUGAGGAAGAUUGUGGACGCUGUCAUCAAAUACAAAGACAGCGGCAGUGGGCGUCAGCUGAGUGAGGUGUUUAUCCAACUGCCAUCUCGAAAAGAGCUGCCGGAGUACUACGAACUGAUCCGCAAGCCUGUGGACUUCAGGAAGAUCAAGGAGAGGAUUAGAAGUCACCGCUACCGCAGUCUGGGAGACCUGGAGAGAGACGUCAUGCUGCUCUUCCAAAACGCUCAGACCUUCAACCUGGAGGGAUCACUGAUAUAUGAGGACUCCAUUGUGCUCCAGUCGGUGUUCACCAGUUUGAGGCAGAAGAUUGAGAAGGAGGAGGAAAGCGAGGGAGAGGAGAGCGAGGAAGAGGAGGAGGAGCAGGAGGAAGGAUCAGAGUCGGAAUCUCGAUCGGUGAAAGUGAAGAUCCGUCUGGGCAGGAAGGAUAAAGGUGGGGAUCGAGGGAAGGGACGCAGCAGACGAACAGGACGCACCAGAGCCAAACCUGUCGUGAGUGAUGACGACUCUGAGGAUGAGCAGGAAGAGGAGCGCUCGCCCAGUGCCACUGAUGAUGAGUCCUGAAGUGUAAAAGGGACAUUCCACCAACUCACCAAGUACCACAUAUACAGUAAAUAAAACACGCCUCUGUCAACUCCAUCCACCCUCAGUCAAAUGUAAAACGACUAAAAUAGAAGGUCUGCAUUACAGUAUUACGUGGAAACCACAUGAUAUCAUAAUCAUAUGUCAUUAAAUACACAAAUUAAUUUGGCUAUGCAUACAACUGCAUUAAAAUUCUUUCUUUUCUUUGCAAUUGCAUAGUUGAAGAAAGUCUUGACAACAAGGGAUCAAAUUAGCUUUUUAUCUUUGUGUGCGAGUUUGGGAGAGUUUUCAGUCAGUUUUACUGAGAGUGUUGUCUGUGUGCAGUUGUUAAAGAACUACUUGAAUGGACCUAGUUUAAAGACUAAAAACUACCACACACUGUGCAGUUAGGUUUUCUCUGUCCUUGUGGCAUGUUUCAAUGUUAUUUGAAGAUAUUUUUCUAUUAAUUUAUAUUAUUAAUUUCAAUAAUGAUCUAAUUAAUAUAAUGAAUUGAGAGAAUUUCAACCCAGGUGAGUCUCCUGAGUCUCCGUCAGCUUGAGUAAGAAAACAUACGGCACAUGCCCUGAAGUCAUGUGUAACUGCAGAUUUCCAAAUCUAACUGCAUCAGUCGCACUGGUAUUCCUGUUCAGCAUUUAUAAACAGGAUACAAAUGAAUUCGAUAUUAUUGUUCAUCAUCUAUUUAUAAACCAGCUUCCACUUACUUACACAGGAGGAUUGCUGACAGAUACAUUAAUAAACGCUUCAAAUCAGCUUACAACUGCAUUAUAGUCUGUUAUAAACCAUUUACUAACUGUUUAUAUACUGUUUAUAAAUGCUAAAUAGGGGACUUAAAUGUUACUAACCUGAGCAAACUUCAGUUAGUUAAACUUUCACAUAAUUGUUUUGUUAACCAGCAUGUAACAAGACAUAAUUGGGAUUUUCUCUCAAAUUAUACUAAAAUCUAAUCCUUAGUUAACUUGAAGAGUUAGAACUGUUGGGAACCUGUAAAGUUUCAGACAUAGGUUUUUUUUUUUGUCUUUUUCACCUUACCUUACUUCUAGACAUAAACCAACCAGAUGUCUCACCUCUGCUUGACUUUGGUGAUGUGUUGUAACAAUAGUCAGCCACUUUGGAGCCACUGUGAUUAUUGAGGUGUGUGUACAUCACAUAUUUGUGGUUCACUGUUUGAGUUGGAAAUUGAGCCUGCUGCAGGGGUGGGGUGUUUCCAGACUUCUCAGUUGCUCUUUAGCAACUCACCACAGUUACAUGACUGAGGUUUAAUGGAGUUGAGACCAGGUUGCUCUCCAGUAUUGUGCAUAUGGUACAGUAUAAAAACAAACUACUAUACCUUGCUGCUGCUUACCUGUUACACUUCCAGUAUAAGCACUUCUAACUGUUGAUUGUAGACUUUAAGAAUCAUGAGGUUGUAUUUCAUCAAUGAGUACUGUAACUUUAAUUAAUUCUCCUUCAGUUGUUAUGUGGUGAUUUUAGGAUUUCAGAACUGUUUGAUGUUCCUUAGCACUUUUUAUGUUUUUGAUUUCAAGACAAAGGACCAGAGGGACAGUGGCUCUUCUCUGCUUGUGAAUGCCUGAUGGCUGUAUGGUGUUGGAUAUACUGUAUAGAGGUUUUUUUUGGAAUAUGUCCAUGCACGUGUGUACAGCUCGCAAGUUGAGCUCUGUACUUUUCUCAUUAUGCUAGGUUACUGGAGUGAAGAACAUACAACCAAAGCAUCAACAUUUUCUCCCCUAAAUUAUUAAGAUCUGUCUGUUGUGUUGUGUCAUUAU